AGCGCAGCUCCUUCCGUCACAAGGGACGGCGCCAUGGGAUGCUCGCAGCUGCCAAUCCCUUCGAGGGAUGGUUCGCGCAGGCCCAGGAGAGAUACUCCCAGAAGUGGUCCUCGUACCUGGAGGUCUACGAGCGCUACCUGGCGCCCUGGCGAAACCGCACGGUGCACCUGCUGGAGCUGGGUGUGCAGAGUGGCGGCUCGCAGCUCAUGUGGCGGAAGGCGCUGGGGCGCGGCGCCCGCGUCUACGGCGUAGACGUGGAGCCGGAGGUGACGCGCUGGGCAACACGAGGAAUCACCAACUUCAUCGGGGAUGUCGGUGACGUGGGGUUUUUGCAAUCCGUGUGCAGACAGAUCCCUCGCUUGGACGUGGUGGUGGAUGAUGCGUCUCACCUGAACUGGCAUCAGAGACUGGCGUUCGAAGCCCUCUAUCCGUGCCUGAACCCGGAGGGUGGCGUGUACAUUGUGGAGGACAUCAGCACCUCAUACAAGCCCAGCUAUGGUGGCGGCUACCGCGCUGAGGGCUCCUUCUUGGAGUUUGCCAAGGCGAAGAUCGACGAGCUCCAGGCCUUCUGGUCCUGCAGCGUGUCCACGGUGAGCGACCGCUGGGGCCGCUGCAGCCGCGGCAGGCUGCAGGUGCCGAUCUCGGCCUUCACCCGCAGCACCCACGCGAUCCACGUCCACGACGGCCUAAUAGUCUUUGAGAAGAGGCUGCGGGAGGUGGCGAAAUCGCUGGAGACCGGGAGCCAGAGGCUGCCAAAGCGGUUCAUAGGCCACAGCGGUUUUCGACCCCACUUCACGGGCGAGCAGCGGCCGCUCUGCGGGUUCCCUUGGGACGUCCAGGUGCAUGAGGCGUCCUUCCAAAGCCUCGCCAACGCCACGAUCCAAGCGGCGCGCCUCGCCGCGCACAGCGAAAGCGAGGCCCCGUGCACGGAGGCUGCAGCGCUGCUUCAGGAUGGGCUUCACUGGUCGGGCUUUGGCAUGGACUUCACCCUGGUGCAGCUGAACAGGGCAGGUCUGGCGGUGGAGUGGAAUGCCUCGGCGCGGACGCCGCUCUGGCGAUACCUGCGGUCCAUGGAUCGAGAUGUCAAGACUCUGCUGGAGAGGUACUUCCCCGAGAGAGGCAGCGGCCCCUUGGUGGUGAUGGACCUCCUCUACCGCAGCCGCCUGCGCGACGUGGCGGCGCUGCGCUUCAGCAACGCCAAGUUGGCCCUGCAGAUGCAGCAGGAUGGCUUCCUUCGGAUCCCCGACUUUGGCUUGGACCUGGACCAGUUGCAGAAGGAGGUGGGGGACUUCGCGGGGACUCGGCGCGUGCUGGCCAAGGCGACACGACUGGAGGCCUUGGAGCCGCUGCUGAAGAACCAGGGCCUCCUGGAGCUCGCGAGUUUCUACUUGGGCGCAGAGGUGGAGGUCACCGGGUACAAGCUGCUGCGCCUCAAGCCCGGGCUCACUGCGCAGGAUUACAUCUCCGGCUUCUGGCACCACGACAACUGUGGCACCAGGCUGAAGCUUUUCAUCUUUCUGCAGGAGGUGGGGGAGGACGGGUUCCCCACGGAGAUUGCCAGAGGGAGCCAGAGCCUGGCCUACUACUGGUACGGCCCGGCGCACAUGAGCCGCUUCAGCCCCCAGGCGGUGGCGAGCGCCUUCUCGGUGGAGCGGCUGCUGAGCUUCCGCGGCGGGGGCUUCCUCUUCGACACCAACGCGAUCCACCGGGCGAAGCUGGACGGCCCGGCGCCGCCGCAACCCCGCGACGCCGUGGUGCUGGAGAUCGCCAACCGCCACAAGCUUCAGGAGAAGAUCCCGUCGCAGGGGCCGUGCCCAGAGCCAAAGACUUACCGCCUCCAGGACGUGACGUUCCCGUUUCCUCACCGUCGGUUUCGCCAAAGACGCCCCGGGCUUUGAGGAAAGAACGCGGCUCGAGCGGCGAAAGGAGCGAGCGAGCGGCCUCUGCUGGACCCUGGGGGCGCGGGCGCGAGCA